AUGGACCAUGUCCUUGAACCCGAAUCGGACUCCAUUUCGACGACAUCCAAUGCGGAAGCCGAGAAAAUCCAACGCAACAGUCUCUACCUCACAUUCAACGCCCCCCAAGUCGAUGAAUACCACCGUGGCAUAUUUCUUACCCACCCACCAAUCCCAACGAUCCCCGAUCCUCGCUACUCAGGAACCCUCUUCCACGCCUCCUACGCCUCUCCCGACCCCUCGCGACCCUCCCUGCCCCCCAAAUGGCUCCUCGAACAACGAGUCGUCAAAGAUGUCUCGACCUCGCAAUCCCUCGUCCUCCUCUACCGCAUCGGCACCCUCGACUCCACAACCACAUCCAUAGACGCCCAAUUCCAGGCCAUCCGCCACGUCCUCGAAACCGUGCCCCUCGGCCGCGAGAACCGCGAGCAGAAAGUCGGGCCCCUGAAAGAAGGCGAGGGGAACAGCGUCCUCGACGGUUACGACUGCGUCAUCUGGACCCGCGACGCGGUCGCUGCCCUCGCGGCCGCGGGCCUGAUCGUCCUCGAGGAGGGGAAGUCUGUCGAAACUGUCAUGGCGGAGUCACGGGCGAUGGCGGGGCCUGCGGAUGCGAGGACGAUGGUUGGUGUUGAUUUUGGGGGGUUUAGGGUCUUUAACUAA